GUCAAGUCAUGGCAGACACUCAGCAGAUCUAACUUUUUUUCUUCCUCCACCACCCUGAGCCAGCUUUGUACGUGGGAAGUCCCCUUCCAAGCAGCAACUUCAGUUAACAAAAACAGCAAAGAGGCAACAGGAGGGAUAUAUUAUACACCUGAAAAAACCCCUACAGAUGGGGAGGAGCUGCCUUCUCAGAAUAUUGGUAGUGUCAUAAGAAAGGUGUGCACUCAGCAGUUCCUUAGCAUGGAAGAUAAUUAAUCCCUUCAGUUCAAGGAAGUGAGACUAACCCUGAAGACCUGUCCUGAAGAUGUUUUAGAGGACUCCAGAGCAAACACCAUUUCAUGGGGGAAAAGUUUGCCAAGAGUCACCAUGCAUUGCUCAGCAAGGGAGAGGAGAAUGAAAUGGAGAUAUUUGGCUACAAAACCCAGGGCUGCCGGAAAGCCAUGUGCAUUGCUGGGUACAUUUUGUCCUGCGGGGUUCUCUGGCUUGUAUUUUACUGGAAACCAGCAUGGGAUGUGUGGGCAAACUGCAUCCCCUGCAGCUUGCAAGAAGCAGACGUCACAUUGCUCAGAACAACAGAUGAAUUUCAGAUUUAUUCCUGGAAGAAGGUGACGUGGAUCUCUGUGUCUGCACUGAACAAGUUUAGAUCAGAUUAUCCAAUCACUGCUGAUGAAAACUCCAUCAUAAACAAAGCCAUAAUGAAACCAGAUUUAAAAGUAAGAUGCAUCCAAGUGCAGAAAAUCCGGUAUAUUUGGAACAACCCUGAACAACAGUUCCAGAAAGUUGGGUCCCUAGAAGACAGUCACACUUGUUCAGCUAUACACGCCGAAUUUGGUUCUGGUUUGCGAUGUGAGGAACAGGAGAUCAGGAGGCUAAUAUGUGGGCCAAAUGCCAUUGAUAUUCAGGUUGUCCCUAUUUGGAAACUACUCAUCAAAGAGGUCUUAAAUCCAUUUUACAUGUUCCAACUCUUCAGUGUGUGUCUGUGGUUCGCUGAAGAUUAUAAGGAGUAUGCCAUUGCUAUCAUAAUCAUGUCCCUCCUUUCAAUCGCCUUAACCGUGUAUGAUCUCAGAAAGCAAUCUAUGAAACUGCACAGGCUGGUGGAGUCUCAUAACAGUGUCAGGGUCACUGUGUGCAGGAAAGACGAAGGCUUCCAGGAGAUAGAGUCACGCCAUCUGGUGCCAGGAGACAUGCUGGCUUUGACAGGGGGCAAAGCCCUUAUGCCAUGCGAUGCCAUCCUGAUCAGUGGUGGAUGCAUUGUAAAUGAAGGCAUGCUGACAGGGGAAAGCAUUCCAGUGACAAAGACCCACUUGCCCCAGGCUGAUGACUCCAGGCCCUGGAGAACAUGCUGUGCAGAGGAUUACAAAAGACACGUCCUUUUCUGUGGAACAGAGGUCAUCCAGACCAAGGCAGACGGCAAUGGGCCGGCGAGAGCUGUUGUGCUGAGGACUGGUUUCAACACAGCCAAAGGAGACCUGGUGAGGUCUAUUCUCUACCCUAAGCCCAUGAAUUUCAAGCUGUACAGAGAUGCCUUACGGUUCCUGAUGUGCCUCAUAGUGUUUGCGACCAUUGGAAUGAUCUAUGCAGUGUGUGUUUUUGCACUAAAUGGGGAAGAGGCAGGAGAAGUGGUGAAAAAGGCCCUGGAUGUCAUCACUAUUGCAAUCCCUCCAGCUCUCCCAGCUGCUUUGACGACGGGGAUCAUUUAUACGCAGGGCAGGCUGAAAAAAAAGGGAAUCUUCUGCAUCAGUCCUCAAAGGAUCAAUGUGUGCGGUCAGCUGAACCUCAUCUGCUUUGACAAAACUGGCACCUUAACAGAAGAUGGACUGGACCUGUGGGGAGUGAUCACUUUGGAAGGAAACAGCUUUCAGAAAGUCCACAGCUUCGCCUCUGGUCACAGCUUGCCCUGGGGACCAAUGUACGGCGUCAUGGCGAGCUGUCAUUCACUGAUUGUUCUGGAUGGGAAGAUACAGGGAGAUCCACUGGACCUGAAAAUGUUUGAGGCAACUAAUUGGGAGAUCGAGGAUUCCUGUGAAGAUCAUGUUAAGAAUGGUGAAUUCCCACACGCUGUUGUUAUUAAACCCGGACCCAAAGCCAGCAGUGUUCCAGUGGAAGGAAUUGCCAUCUUACACCAGUUUCCAUUUUCCUCAACCCUGCAGAGGAUGUCGGUCAUAGCUCAGGAAAUCGGAGGGGAGCAGCAGGUCUUCAUGAAGGGAGCUCCGGAGAUGGUGACCAAGUUUUGUAGACCAGAAACCGUGCCACCCGCUUUUGCCAGCGAGCUUCAGCUUUAUGCAGCGCGGGGCUUCAGGGUCAUCGGACUGGCGCACAAAAUUCUGCAGGCAGGGAGGCAGGUAGCUGGCUUAACAAGGGAGGAAGUGGAGUAUGACUUGACGUUCCUGGGCUUUCUGAUAAUGGAAAAUCGUCUGAAGGCAGAGACCAAGCCUGUGCUGGAAGAACUCAGCACUGCCCGCAUCAGGAGCGUUAUGGUCACAGGUGACAACAUACAGACAGCAGUUACUGUGGCCAGAGAUGCUGGCAUGAUUUCUCAGACCAGUCAAGUGAUUCUCGUUGAAGCAAAUGAACUGUCAGGUUCCCCCUCAGCAUCCAUCACCUGGAAGCUACUGGAAGAAAGCAAACGGAAUGGCUACAGCAACCUGGAGACUUACAUUCAGGUUGAGGGAAGAUUCAGAUCUGAAGUUGGACGUAGCAGUUACCAUUUUGCCAUGAGUGGAAAAUCCUACCAGGUCAUUACACAGCAUUUCAGCUAUUUACUUCCAAAGCUCCUGGUCAAUGGGACCAUUUUUGCUAGAAUGUCUCCAGGUCAGAAAUCCAGCCUGGUGGAGGAGUUUCAAAAGUUGGAUUACUUCGUGGGCAUGUGCGGAGAUGGAGCCAAUGACUGUGGGGCUUUGAAAAUGGCCCACGCUGGGAUAUCGUUGUCAGAGCAGGAGGCGUCGGUGGCUUCACAUUUCACGUCUCGAACCCCCAGCAUAGAGUGUGUGCCCGAGCUGAUCAGGCAAGGUCGCGCUGCUCUCGUCACUUCAUUCUGCAUGUUUAAGUACAUGGCACUGUACAGCACCAUCCAGUAUCUUGGUGUUCUCCUGCUUUACUGGCAACUAAACUCCUUUGGGAAUUACCAAUUUUUAUUCCAAGAUCUGGCUAUUACCACUGUAAUUGGUAUAACAAUGAGUUUGAACGGUGCCUACCCAAAGCUGGUCCCAUACAGGCCUCCGAGCCAGCUGAUCUCACCACCCUUGCUGCUGUCCGUGGUCCUGAACAUCCUGUUCAGCCUGUGCAUGCAGGUUUUUGGCUUUGUGACAGUCCAGAAGCAGCCCUGGUAUGCUCAGCAGAACAUCUACAGUGCCUGCUUCAGCGAGAAUAAAAGCCAUGUGGAGAAUUCUUCCUCCGCUGCCACCAUCGGCUUCCCCCGGAUGGAGAAUGCAGGUGUCAGAGAGGGGGUGGACAAUGGCUACAAGAGCUAUGAAAACACCACAGUGUGGCUCCUCAGCACCAUCAACUGCCUCCUGGUAGCACUGGUGUUCUCCAAGGGAAAGCCUUUCCGGCAGCCUGUGUACACGAACUAUAUAUUUGUACUGGUGCUAGUGGUCCAGCUGGGCAUCUGUGUCUUCUUUGUGUUUGCUGACAUUGACGGUCUCUACUCACGGCUGGAUCUCGUGUGCACCCCCAUCUUCUGGAGAAUCUCCAUGGUGAUAAUGCUGCUUGUCACAUUCGCUGUGUCCUUCGUUGUGGAGGAGGCCGUCAUUGAAAACAGAGCCCUCUGGAUGCUGCUCAAAAAGUGCUUCCGGUACCAGUCCAAGAGUCAUUACAAGAGGCUGCAAAGGAUGCUGGAGCAGGACUCAGCCUGGCCUCCUCUGAAUGAAACUGUCUUCUCAGAAUCCAGGGGGAUACCAGUGGAGGACACCAGGGUAGCUUACAGGAAUCCAGUGUUUGAAAGCAAUGAGGAUAUGUUCUGAAGGAAGUGGCAGUGCAGAUGCGCAGGGCAAGGCUGCAGCUGGCCAUGAAAGGAGUAGGCCGUAAAGAUGUAUGGCUAGAGCUGGGAUUGGCUGAAUCCCCACACCUGGCUGAACUUCUGGGCCCACAUUCCCCAUACCAGGGUCGCUUCGUGACACACCAGAAGCAUAACGUGGCCGUAAACCCAGCUCUGGUGGCACAGAGCCAGUACAACGGUUUCCCCCGCAGGCAGCCCAGGUUAUGUGGCUCUGCCCCAGUGACCCGUGGCCGCUGGCACUGGGGUAAGUCAGAGGAGUCUGGUCUAGCUGGGAGAGCGCUCGGUGGCUGAAAGGACAUCACCUUUGCAGCCCCCUGCCGAGCUGCACUGCAUGAUCCUCAGCUGCAGCUCAGGCCAGGGCCUUACCUUGGUAAUGAGCAGAGCCAACGCUCCUGCCUGCAGUGCCCCUCGGACAAAGCGCGUGCAGAACUCAGCUCUCUGUUGAGGCUGGACACAGACGGACCCGCUGGUUGCCUAGCUCCCAGCCUCUGCUGCCUCGUGUUGUCACACAAGGUGUCCCUAAGUCCUGCCUGCUCUGAGCUCUCCUGGAAGCCUGGGGGUUGGAAAUCUGGACCCCAACAGUUCCGGGUGUUUGAUUCAGCCCAUCACAGUGAUAGACUGAAGUGGUAAGCUCAGAUCCCAAACCAGGACCCCAAUGACCCACCCUGGCUGAGAUGCACUCAGGGCAGGAACAAAGUUGGUGAGGCCAAAGAAAGCUUUUCUGGCCUUGGCUCACCCCUGCAGUACAUCAGAGCAGCCCCACAGCUGCUCCGGUUUUUGCUUGAGCUGCACAUGGCCCACUGGGGGGCUUAGACAGCCAACAGAGCCUGAACCCCCACCGAGAACCACCCAGCCAGGGCUGCAACAGGGACAGUGCAGAGCCAUUCUACCAGCUUUUUGCUGCCAGGGAGCCUGCUUACACGGAGAAUCUUUAACAGCUUUGAGGGCUUCGGCAGCUCAGCCAGGGGUCAUGAGCCUAUUACAGGAGUGGGGGAUGGGGGGUGAGGUUUUGUGGCCAGCAACAUGCAGGAGGGAAGCCUAGAUGAUUCUGACAUUCCCUUCUGGCCUUGACGUCUAUGGUUACGUCAGGCCCAUCUCUAAUAAUGCUUGCAAAGGUAUUGUUACUCUUGCUGUUAUUUUAAAUGAUGUAGCUGGUGUGAAAGGAGAAUGAAUUAUAUAGUAAGAAUAGAAAGGAUUAAAGAAAUGUUGUCUGUACCUUUAAGCAAAAUUGUUG